AGCAGGGGACUGUUUCAUAAAACAAGUUUACCAAAUAAGCCAAGCUUGUUUCAGUUAGUGUGACUUAUUUUCACUUGCUCAAGCUCAGUCACUGUGGCAAUUUAUGCUGGAAAAUUAACCAGGUCCAGAGCAAGCGAACUGUCUAAGGGUAAGCUAAGUUCCUAAAUUCUAAGUUCUAAUUUAUUGUGCCAAAAAGAUAAGGAAUUAUUAUUAUUUUUAAAGAUUUAAACAGGUUUUUAUGACAGCUGUACCUUUUAUGGUUAUUAGUACAACAUUAAAACAUUACCAUUUAAAAUUUAUCAUUAAAGCAUUUAAAACACUAAAUUAAAAGUUGAAAAUAAUGGAAAUCAGACGGCCUGUAUUAGCAGCUUACAUUUGAUUUACAGUUACUGCCAUGAUAUAAUAACUUGUAUGCAGGAUUCAAAUUCUACACGCUCAUAUUUAAUGUCCAACAACAAAUAUAAUAACAGAAUGCAUUUUUUAUCCAGAAUUAUUGCGACAUCAUUCUGUGUGGUGAGACACCAGUCCUCGCCCCAUCCUGACCGCAAAAUGGCUGUAUUUUCAUGACACUGCCUGAUUUCUGAAAUUUACAGAUGAAAAAUACCCCUGUGACGUGUCAGUUAUGGACAGGGGAAACACAAUGUCUGAAAUGCAUUAAACAGCAUUAGCUGGAUCGAAUUAGUGAGAUUGCGUGAAUUUAAAUUAUAGUUUAUGAAAACUCUUUAGUCCCGAUUUAUUUUAUUUAGGUAAUUUCAAAUCAGGUUUUGGACUUUAAUCCCAGUUUUUCUUAGCGUCUUUUAUAAAACAGCACCCAUGUGUUUUUACUAAACAUUGACUCUGUUUUGGAGAUGUGCAAAUACAAUAACGUUUAAUCUGUUUUGAAUACUUAAGCACUGAUAUUUAUGAACGGUUUGUCAUAAUAAAUGAACUAUUAACAAAUAAGUGUCUGUGUUCACUACCUGAAAAACCUGGCGCGACUACAAGAAGGUUUACGGUAACGUUAGAUGUUGACAACAGCGUUACUAAGGAAACCAGAGAUGAUAAUAAGUUUUAGACGUGAACUAAAAACACAUCUAAACCGUAUAAAAAACGAGUUAAUGUAGACGCUGUUAUGAGUUAAUACUGUUUCCUGAUAUAUUAAAGCAAAUUAACUAUUUUUUUAAGUAAGUUUGUUGAUUUGGAUAUUUUUAAUAGCAUUAACAAAGUACGUUAGCUCCUGUUUUUUUGACAUCUGCUGAAGGACUGAACAGUUGAAACUCAAUAUACAAUCCAGACACAUGGAGGAGAGUGAAUCAACACAGAAUGAAACCGAAGAGCUAAAGGCUUCGGUUAAUGCAGUGGAGUUUCUUUACAGCAUUGCACCCCAGGAUCUGGACCAGUGUUUGUUCGCAGAUUCACUUGUGACUGUGUCAGAUUCGGGCCGGGAGCUGGGAGACUUCUCUGUGAGUGUCACCAAGACAAGCUACAAUGAGGAGCUGUGUUAUCUGCUCCAUGCCAACAGUCAUGGAACGAUUGAUGAUAUUCCUUGUGGUACAUCCAUUAUAGCCUACAUAUCGAGAAAUCUUGAGAUACUGGAAGAGAAUCAUCAUGAAUAUGUAAAGUUAGAAAAGCAGACAGUGGAACGGAAAGUACAUCUUGUUAAACAGGAUGAUCAACUUGUGGUAAACCGAAUCGUCUCAGAGAAGGAGGGAGUGAAGACACAAACCCACACAUUUCCACUGAGCUCUCUAAAGGGUUUUGUGUCUGAAUCAUCCAACUUCAUGAUCAUGCGUAUACUGGCUCGGCAGAAGACUGUUCCAGAAAAUAUUACGUUCCUGUCAUUUGAUCCCGAUACUGUGCUUUCUAAGUCAGUUUAUAGAGCACUUGGGUGCAAGAAGCAGAUGAUUGGGGAAGAGUUAGUCGAUAUCUUUGGGAUUGAAAGGACUGUCUCUUCUGGAAAGGACUCCUCAGGAACUUGGCAUUGCUAUUUCUUGCCUGAUGGGCAUCUAGCAAGCAGAGUGCAGUUGGGCUCACCUGCAAUUAUGAAGCUCCUGCAUUUGCCUUUCUUACUUGAUGGAGCUGAGAAAGACCAGAUUCCCGUGUUUGAGAAGAAGCCACUCAUUUGGGAGGAAGACAUGGAGCUUUACUCAAAGUUUCUUGACAGAAAGGAGGAACUCAAAGCAGACUACUCCUCCUACGUCAGACAACACCCUGAGAUAAAGGCUUUACUGGCAGACUUUCUGCAGUUCCUGCUGUUGAGGAAACCUCAAGAUGUCUUCUCCUUUGCUCAUGACUUCUUUGCACCCUAUGCAUGUCAAAGUCUUCCAGGAAAGUCCCAUAAAGACUCACAAAACUUUCCAUAGGAAUAACAAACAAUAGCCAAGUGUCAGAUGUACUGUAGUAGAGAUUGAAAAUAAAAGUUUUCUUGU